CACGAACGCACGCGCACGAUGAUCGCGUCGUCGUCGACGACGACGCUCGCGUCGCCCGCCGCGACGACGGCCGUCGCCGCCGCGACGAGGAGGGCGACGGUCGCGCGCGCGGUCCCGCGCGCGCUCGCCGCGGCGGGAUCGCUCGGAUCGAGAUCUCGCGCCGCGAUCGCGGGAGCGAGCGCGAACCGCGCGGUCGUCGUCCGCCUCGCUCGCGGCGUCCGCGCGACGCGCCCGCUCCCCUCUUCCUCUCCGCGGCGCGCCGGGCGCGUCGCGGUCGCGCCGCGCGCGGCGGCGUCGAACCCGUUCGCCGCGGACGCCUCCGGCGGCGUCUUCUCGCGCCCGCCGCGGUCCGUCGUCGAGUCCGAGUCCGUCGCGAAGUCGAUCCGCGAGCCGGUCGAGAACGCGAUCGAAUCGCUCGGUCUCGCGGUCACCGUCGGCGACGUCGCCGCCGCCGCGGGCGUGAAACUCUCCGACGCCGAGCGCGCGAUGACCGCGCUCGCGGCGGACACGGGCGCGGCGCUGGAGGUGUCGAGCGAGGGCGACCUCCUGUACGUCUUCGACGCGGGGUUCCGAUCUAAGCUCGCGUCCAAGUCGCUGCGCAUCCGCGCCGAGCCCGCGCUGGAGACGGCGGGGAAGGUGGGCUCCUACCUCGCGCGCGUGACGUUCGGGACGACCCUCGUCGCGUCCAUCGCGAUUGUUUACACCGCGAUCGCGGCGUUGCUCUCGAACCGCGACGAUCGCGACCGGAGAGACGACCGCGGCGGCGGCGGCGGCGGGAUGUUCUUCGGGCCGAGAAUGUACUUUUCCCCGUUCGACGUGUUCUGGUAUUUCGAUCCGUACUACUACGAGCGGCGCGCGUACAACGCCGCGCGCGAGGGCGCGAAGGACAUGAACUUCUUCGAGGCGGUGUUCUCGUUCGUGUUCGGGGACGGCGACCCGAACAAAGACUUCGAGGCGAAGCGUUGGGCGCUGGCGGGGUUGGCGAUUCAAAAGAGCGGCGGCGUCGUCGCCGCCGAUCAGCUCGCGCCGUAUCUGGAGCGCGAUCCGAACGACCCGGACGACGAGAGCUUCGUCCUCCCCGCGCUCGUGCGAUUCAACGGCGCGCCGGAGGUGGACGAGAGCUCGGGGGAGAUCGUGUACCGGUUCGAAUCCAUGGAGGCCACCGGCGGCGGAAAGUACGGCGGGUUCAGCACCGCGAUGGCGGAGGAGGAGCCGUACGUCUUCUCGCUCGCGACACAGGCGCAGCGGGCGAUGGCCGCGGGGUUGGGCGCGCUGAAUUUCGUCGGCGUCGUCGUCUUGGGGAGGCUGUGCGUCGAUCCGCAGAUCGUCGCGCAAAAAGCGCAGCUGGUGCAAGCCGUCUCGGCGCUGCUCCCGGGGCUGAGCGCGUACGCGGUGGCGUUUUUCGCCAUCCCCGCGCUUCGAUGGGCGUGGUGCCAGCGGAAGAACGCCGGGAUCGAGGAGAGGAACGCGGCGCGGAUGGACGCGUCGAAGAGCCUGAUGCGACCGGGAAAGCUUCUCGCGGCGAAGUUGGAAGCGGCGAAGCGCACGCGGGGCAGGGGCGGGCGGCGGAGAGUCGCGAGCGGCGGCGACGACAACGUGUUCUCGUCCGCGAAGAGCGCGAGCGAUUUCGAGGCGGACGACUUCGUGCGGCGGUUGCGAGAGCGCACGGGAGAGAAGUGAGGAGGAGGAGGAGAAGUAGUAGGAGGGCGCAGUCCCGUGCUGUGGUCGGAAUAAAAGAACGUCGACUGAUUUUGUUUC